AUGGAGGACUUGCAGUGUGAUCAAUGGAAGAACGCCGAACUCGCCUCAAGGCUCAAGAGGAGGCUCUGUGGCGAAGGCGAAUUCGAGAACUACCAAUUCUCUGUCUAUUCCGUUCAUGAGAAUAUAAACAAGAUGGCUGAAAAAUUGAAGAGUUGUGAACCGUUACAGAUGGGACGUCUCACAAAGGCCUCCAACUUCAAAAACAGCGGCGCAAGCUCCAAUUCUCUCUCCGCAAGAAGAGGUAGCAAGAACAAGUUGUUGACCUGGGGAAACAAAUCGACCGCAUUGGCAAGCUUCUCGGCGAGGCUGAAGCACUUGCGCCGGCGAGACAAUCACGUAGCUCAACGAUAUCUCAAUAUUUGGAGCAGGCAGAGGAACAAGCCUUAA